CCCAUAUUCACACAUUACAAUCUACAAUCAGAAGAUGCAUACAAAAGGCAAAUCUAAAGAAGACUUCUCUAAGGCCGCGUCUUCAUCCCAGCCUACAAAACCCACAAAAGCGCACAAGCCCAAGUCCUCCAAAUCGAAACCCGCCAACUUACCGCAAACAACACACUACUGCUACUUGCGUGCCCAUUCCGGUUCUUCUACACAAGGCGGACUACCGACAGGGAGGACGCUGUUUGUCGUCAACUUGCCUGCUGUGUGCGGGGAGAGAGAACUGAGAGACGUGGUGGGCCGGUGGGGGGUCGUGGAGCGCAUCGUGUGGAGAGGUGAUGAGCUGCAUCCGGAUAGUGAUGGAGAAGACAAGGGCGAAGAAGCUAUGGCGGACGAGGACGACGAUGACGACGACAUGGAGGAGACCAGGAAGCCUCAACCAAGCGCCUUACCAUCUAUCCCUCCCCUCCCGUCUCUACCCUCCAUACCCCAUGCGACAUCCCUCUCUGCACAUGUCGUCUUCCUCGACCCCUCCUCCCUGACACGCGCCCUCCAAGCCCACCCUCCGAUUCCACUCCGUCCGCUCGCCCUCGGGUUAACGCAUUACUUAGCCUUACACGCCGCGCUCCGCCCUUCUCUUCCUAUGGUACGAAAACAUGCCGACGCGUACAUUGCUGCGUGGGAAACACGAGAGGAGGAGAAACGCCGUGCUCAGAAGGUUGGAGUGGAGCACGUCGACGCGGACGGGUUCACACUCGUCACUCGUGGUGGGAGGCAUGGGCGUGCGUCUGCUGGAGGUGUGGGCGUCGCCAGCCGGUCUUUCGAGCUGCAGCACCGGGCUGGUGCUGAGCAGUUGCAGAAGAAGAAACGGGCUCGGAGGGCUGCCGGGGUCGUACCUGACUUUUACCGAUUCCAGCUGAGGGAGAAGAAGAGAGAGGAGUUUAUCAAGCUGAGAAAGGUGUUCGAAGAGGACAAGAAGAAGGUGAACAAGAUGCGUGAAGAGAGGAGAUUUAGACCGUAUUGA